GUUUGUAUACGCUCCUGAUCAGCGUGCUGCGCGAUUGGCCGAUGGCGUGGCAUGGAGGGGGCGUCGCGGUAACGAGGUGAAAGACCGGUGGCGCGCGCAGGUGGCGCCGCGCGCUCGCUCAAUCAGUUGCGGGAUAUCCACCGGCCAGGUGAGAAAGUUGUUAUUAUUAUUUGUACUCGCGCGUUCCCCGCUUCGCGAUUUCCGCGGAUUCUCGCCGCUGCCGACCAAUGUACCCCGUGCUCGUACGCGGCGUCCGUCCGUGUUCGUGACUACAGUUCUUCGCGAUCCCCGAGGGGCUCCCUCCGCGAGAGAGGAGCUGGCGUACGCGUGUGCGGAGUGAACCUCGAAACAGCAGCAGCCGCAGCCGCAACAGCAGCGGCAGCAGUAGUAGUGGUAGUCGUCGCGGUUGUCGUCGCCGUGUCUCCUUUCUUCCUCACGGCGUCGAAUGAGAGCAAAAGAGACCGAUCGCGGCUACCGAUCGUUCGCAGUGCAGUGCGAGGAAGAGGGGUAAGAGUCCCCCCCUCCCCCGUCCCGCUCGUGGGUGUGCGUGCCCGAGUGAUAGAUACACAGUUGUCGGGUGACAGAAGAGAGAGAGAGAGAGAGAGAGAGAGAGAGAGAGAGAGAGAGAGAGAGAGAGAGAGAGAGAAGGAGAGUGAGCGCGCGCGCGCGCGCCGUAGGGCGAGGAUAACCCAAAUAGGGAAGGUGCGCCCUUUACCCGUUACCUGUUCAAUCGGAAGUGCACGAGUGCAAGCGAGAGAAAGAGGGAGGGUGAGAGUGUGUGUGCGUGUUUGUGCGUGUUGUGUGUUGUGUGGUGUGCGCGCGCGCGCGCGCGCACACUCGUGUGAGAUCGUGAAAACGUGACAUUACAACGGCAAAUGACAACGAAGAGGUGAGGAUCAAUGUGCCGUGAUGGCUGAGGAGGAGCUGCUGGUCACCCUGUGCCGCGGCGACUCCGGCUCCGGCGGCUCCUUCGGCUUCUCGCUGCUCGGCGCCUCGGCGUCGGCGGGCCUGCCGGCCGCCCACGUCAUCUACGACAUCGUCGAGAACUCACCGGCGGCCAGGAGUGGCAAGGUUGAAGCUGGUGAUGUCAUACUCAGGGUGAAUGAAGUUGACGUCAAUCGGUUCAGUACGAAAGAAGUACUGAAAUGUCUACGAUUGUCUUCAGAUCCCGUUACUCUAAAAUUACGAAGAGAUCCUGCGGUGAAGGCUCACGUUCGCCGUCUUCUCGGACAAUCUGGAAAGAACGAGAACAUAGAAUCUUCAAAAGAUGUUUUGGCGAAUAAUCCCAAGAACAUUGUCACUUCCGGCAAUAUAGAGAAGAAGGAAGUCAAGAAGACAUCAGAAAUUACAUCAGAAAUGUCCACAGACUCGCCAACGUUGACACCGACGCCUACAAUGACGACGAGAAGCAAUGGCUCGUGCAGCGAUGCCUCUCUCUCAUCAGAAUUAGAGGCACUCUUGCCAUCCGUGGAUCAUUUUAAGGAAGAGGAACGUACUCAAUGGGAGCCCCUGGGAACUACCGAGAAGUUAUCACGACAAAAAAAUACACCCCGGUUUGAAGCGUACAUGAUGACUGGCGACUUGAUGCUAAAUCUUUCCCGCACGCAACAGAGCAGUAAUCUGCUACCUAAGCAGCAUCAACAGCGAAAGGUGGACUCCCUUAGGUACAAUCCAAAUCAUCAGCACGCCACUACCACUGUCACUACCACUAGUGCCCACCACAAUCACAAUCAUCACCACCACCACCACCAUCAUCAUCAUCAUCAUCAUAACUCGGUACCCAGCAGUCCCAAUGAGACCCAGCUGGCACAUCAGCAUCAUUAUCAUCGAGGAAGCGCAUACAAAGCUUCCAGUUCGGCCAGUACAUCACCUGUAGGCGCUGCCAGACGCGACGGAAUGCAGAGUACUUCGGGAGCCCUGGUUCAAGUCGAUUCGGGCAAGAAUACUCCUUCAAGCUUCGGUUUUGUACGUACCUCGCGAUCGGAAGAUCAUCUGCAGUUUCAGAAAGACCCCUCAAUGAGCGCUGUGGAUAUCGACAUUGAUGACGAUGUCACUUCAAGCCUGAACACGCUGCUGGAUCCGCGGCCAGAAAGCCUAAUGCCAAAUGAGCGAAUCGUCUGGACUUACAACGCGCCUGUUAGUUCACCUGCCGUUUCCUGCUGCCAAAACGGUGGUUCCUCAUCUUCGUCUUCGUCCUCAUCAUCCUCUUCGACAAGCCCUCAGCGUUCUCUGUCUCCUGCUUCCCCUACCUCUGUCUCGUCCUCCGUUAUGUCCUCCAACUCUGGUUCCCGUAGGUUCCCUUCGGCCCAAACUGUUCCCGGGGUUUCCAGCACCCCGGGAGGUCAUCUCCCCGCUAAUGGCGAUUUUAGCCAGUCGGAGGCCAUCAGCAACAUGUCCAGUCCAGACUACAACGAUGAAGAGACAAUGGAUAUUCUCAGCGCAAGGGAUAUUAUGAUGGUGAGUGAUCCCAGCGACAGCGAUUCCACGAUUUUGGCGAGUGAACCGCCUCAAAGGAGACUGAAGGCUAAUCCUCAGGAUGCUGGAGAACAUAGAAUAGUGAUUCAAGUAAAAGGGCCUGACAAGGAAACUCCAAGAAAUACAAGUCCCAGACAGGCGAGAAGAAGAGGAAAUCCUAUUGGAGAACUGACGCCAUCUGCUGCAUCUCAAAAUUUGCAGAGAAAUCAACCUCCGAUUCCGGGAGUCCCUGGAAUCAUUGCAGGAUCUAUGACACCCGAAUGCGUAGGUUAUCAGGAAUUGAAAGAAAGUGAAGAUGAGAGAGAGGCUCUGGUCGCUGGAAUGUACGACGAACAAAAAGAACAUGGUAGUGGCGCAUCGCCGCCACAAUCAGCAGAUGAAGAGAGCGAUAUUGAAAGUUUGCACAGUUUUCACUAUAGUCCGAAAGCGGUAGAUUUGCCCUCCGCGAUUCGAUUAGCAAAACGUCUUUAUUCCUUAGAUGGCUUCAAGAAAUCUGAUGUUUCUAGACAUCUAAGCAAAAAUAAUGACUUUAGCAAAGCUGUAGCGGAGGAGUAUCUGCGUUAUUUCAACUUUGAACGAGACACAUUGGAUAUGGCUCUCAGAAAAUUUCUCGCUCAAUUUUGUUUGACAGGAGAGACUCAAGAAAGAGAGAGAGUUUUAGUACAUUUUUCCAAAAGAUAUUUGGAUUGCAAUCCUGGUAGUUUUAAUUCUCAAGAUGCGGUUCAUACAUUAACUUGCGCGAUAAUGCUGCUUAAUACAGACUUGCAUGGUCAGAAUAUCGGCAGGAAGAUGUCGUGCUCAGAAUUCAUUGAGAAUCUGUCGGAACUCAAUGAUGGCGACAACUUUCCACGCGAAGUGCUCAAGCAGCUUUAUAACGCUAUCAAAUCCUUUCCUCUCGAGUGGGCUUUAGAUGAAGAAGGAGAUGAAGCGACAAACCAAGCGAUCCAGCAAGGCGAUGGUACGGCGACGAUUGCCGGUACCGGAAAUCCGUUUCUCGAUGUGCCAAAUAUCACGGGCGCUACGGAGUUCAAAAAAGGCUAUGUUAUGCGUAAAUGCUGUUAUGACUCUAAUGGGAAAAAAACUCCGUUUGGCAAACGUGGAUGGAAAAUGUAUUAUUGUACAUUACGCGAGCUCGUGUUAUACCUGCACAAGGAUGAGCAUGGCUUCCGCAACGACAGUUUGCACAAUGCUAUACGUAUUCAUCACGCGUUGGCUACUAAAGCGACCGAUUACACAAAGAAGCAACAUGUUUUCCGAUUGCAGACUGCCGACCAGGCCGAAUAUCUCUUUCAGACAAGUGAUUCAAAGGAGCUGCAAUCGUGGAUCGAUACUAUUAAUUUUGUGUGCGCCAGCUUUUCGUGUCAACCUCUCGCAGGUGCCGUUGGGUCUCAGCGUAAGUUUCAGCGUCCAUUGCUGCCGUGUAGCCACACAAAAUUAAAUUCUAGAGAACAGUUGCGGGACCACGAAGAUAGGGUCAACAGGCUAGAAAUGGAACUGGACGAGCAUAGACGGCAUCCUCCGGAAAGAGGUGCUAAGGCUCUUACUGUACAAAAUUAUAAAGAAAAAGACACGUAUUUGCAUCACGAGCUGAAGCGGUAUAAGACAUAUGCCUAUCUUCUUCGUUCCCGACUGGCAUUCAGUGAAAUGGAAUCGUCGCUAGUUGAGAGCAGUAUUGGUGAAGUAGAUGAGGGCAUGCCACUUGGACCUACUGGAGCUGUAGGAAAUGCAGAAGGGGCUCUGGUACCACCGCCAGUCCCCGAACGACCAGCCGCAACUAAUAGGUACAGUUACCGGACCGCUAUUUACAGCGGCGGUGGUCGUAAUCUACUGAACGGUGGCAAUCAGGAUUAUAAUGCUGCCAGUGGUGACGUUGGUUGACGCAAUGCUUAUGGCCUAUGCGGGCUAGUUUGACCCCGGUGCUGGUGCUGGUGCUGGUGACGUUGAUGUUUGGCGAUAGACACGAGUGACGCAAACUAACGAUAUAUAUAUAUUCGGCAUCUCACACACUCUUCAAUGGUGUUAUUAAGUGUUACAACGUACAAUUAACAACAAAAUACUAUCCUAUUCUGAUGUCGUGAAGUUGAAUUGCAACUACAUCGAUCUUCCUCCUCGAGUGAUCGACUGAAAAAGAAGAUGCAUCAAAAUUUUGUAGAGAGGAAAAGAUUGAUGUAAAUGUAGUUCUAUUUACUACACCGAAUCAAAUAGUAUUUUGCUGUUUACUGUACAUUCCAUUCAGUGGUGCAACUAUUUGAUAAAUUAUAUAAGCAUGUUGAAAAUAGUACAAUCAAAAGGGAAAUGAUUUUUUAUGGGUCAAAAAUAAUAAAAAUAGGUCAAAAAUAUAAAAGUUUCAAAUUCAAAAAAUUGUUUUUCUAAUUAUUUUAAUUAAUAGUAGUAACGCCAUUGAUUUUGUUAUACUUUUGUCGUGUCUUCUAAUUGCAAUAGCAAUUUUAAUUCUUAUUGAAUCUGUUUAUUUAUCCCUGCUUAACUUCUCAUUUAAUUUUAUAUAAAAGUUGAUUUUAUGUAAAAUUAAAUAAAUAUAUAUAUUAAAAAAUUCACUAUAACAUGCAUUUACAAUAAAGUAUCCUGGAAAAUACGUAUACACAUACAUAUAUAUCAGAGUUGGGCGUUUACAAGUAACAUAUAAAUAAUCUACAUUACAUGUAUACAAUGUAAAUGAUGUAAAAUAUGUUUUAUAUGUAAAUAUGUUUAAUGUAUCAUCAAUAUAAAUACUAAUCAAUGCAUUACACUGAAGAUUCAGAUUUCACCAGAAAUAGUGAAUAUUAUAUUUUAUUUAAAAAAUUUUUAAUGUUAUAUAUUUAUAUUUUUUAUCAAAAUACUCUUUCUAAAGUCAAAUAUAUUAAUAAUUUUACAACUUAAUUACUUUUUUGUAGUUUUAUUAUUUUAUCCGAUUUGUACUAAUUGACAUUGCUUGUAUUGUCUACAUGAAAAAGAUUCGUAUAAAUAAUCUAUGUAAAUGUAAUCUUGACAAUUACGGAACAACUCUGAUAUAUACAAUAUACAUACAUACAUACGCGCGCGCGCGCACGCACGCACGCGCGCGCGCACACACACACACACACACACACACACUGAGAGAAAAAUACUGUAUAUGGCUAAAAUUGAAUUUAAAAAAUAUAUUCAAAAUAUACAUCAGGUUUGAACAUUCUUCUUGACAUAAAUGAAAUUUAUAAAUAAAAAUGUAUUCUAUUUCAACUUUAAAUAAUAUUUUAUUCUUAGAUUUUUGCUUUCAAUCUGUUCUAUUUAUUUUUUAAAAUUACACUUAGGUCUUUUAUUAUUAUAAUCUAUAUUUUACACAAUUGGAUAUUUUACAGUUUUCGUGUUUUAAAAAAAUAUUAGAUAAUAUCUGGUAAUAUGAUCAUAUGUACUAUCAAUAUGUAAAGAAUUAAUGUCAAAAUUUUCUACUUAAAAAAAUUUUUAAUUAGAAUCAUUAAUUUAUUAUUUAAUUUGUUUACAAUUUAACAUUUUGGAAUUGAGCACCAAAUUGGAAGAAAUUAUAAACGAGAAAAUUUUAGGUUUUUUUUA